CUAGCGCUUUUUACCGAUAACUACUUAAGCUUUAAAGGCGUUAUGUUAUUUUGGUCGAGUAAGUGACCUAAUAACUGUUUAAAAGCUUCAUGCACACUUGCACACAAUUCUCUUCAUCAUAUCUAGGUUACGACGGCGAGUUAUUUUACAUAGUUGAGAAAUAAAUGUUUAUGUCAACUUCCUAACAAGGUCGUGAUUGUUUGCGAAUAUUAAAACUGUUUGAAUACUUCUGCAUGACAUUUGUAAAGAUCUGAAACCAGCAAAGUCAUGGCAAGCGGACUGCGUUUUAAAGACAAGGUUGCUAUAAUAACGGGCGGUUGUAGCGGUAUCGGUGAAGGAUGUGUAGAAGUAUUUGCUGAGAAUGGUGGAACUGUGGUGGUCUUUGAUAUCAAUGAUGAGGUAGGGAAUUCGCUAAGUAUUCCUGGGCCUGGGAAAAUAGUUUACAUACAUUGUGACGUCACAGACGAACAACAAAUAAAGAAAUCAAUUGAAAGCACAGUUGCAAAGUUUGGCGGUAUCGAUUGUCUUGUGAACGAUGUUGGACAUGAUCACGGUACUCACACCAUAGACGAGCUGACUGUAGAAAGUUUUAGGCAAAUACUGGAUGUAAAUGUCGUUAGCAUGUUUGCGAUGAGUAAGUAUGCGUUGCCACAUCUACGAAAAUCCAGAGGGAGCAUAGUGAAUAUUUCAAGUCUUGGCGGAACAAAUGCGCAAGCAAAGAAAUCAACAUACUGCUCUUCAAAGGGUGCUGUUAUAUCCCUGUCAAAGGCUCUGGCCAUUGACGAGGCCAAAAACGGAGUAAGAGUGAAUACCGUGUGUCCUGGCCCAAUAAAUACACCAUUAAUGCGAGCUUGGCUCGAAAAUGAUGAUGAAACACGUAAACAGGUGGAAAGUUGGACGCAACUGGGAAGAUUUGGAGAGCCGCGCGAAAUAGGCCUAGCAUGUCUAUUUUUAGCAACAGAAGCUACUUUCACGACUGGUACGGAACUCAUGUGCACCGGCGGAUGUGAAAUUGGAUAUGGUAUCAAAGCGGACUUUUGACAUGAUUAUACAGUCGUAAUUACUGUAGUAUAAUUGAUACUGAAUUGAAUUAAGCAACGGAGCUAGUUUCGGACAUCACACAGACAACCUGCUAAAGAAGUUAAAAUUUAGAGUGAUCACUCCAGCAGUCAGCUUUCAAAAUAAAUAGACAUUGCUUAGAUUCUUUUAUUUGUUAGCAUUAUAUAUAUAAGAGAACAAUAGACUUCAUAGUUCAUAUUUUAGAUAAACUUUCUUUCUGUUUCGGUUAUGGGUAAGAUACAUUUGUACUUUGUUUCCCAUUUUUACGGCUUUCUAAAAUGAAUUUUUUGUUACAAAGGUAAUCGAGAGGGAAAAAUUUCAAAACGUAUACGAGUAUUAUUCUUUAUAAAAUGCUGGGUAUAUGUUCUUUUUCUUCAAGUAAGUCCAUGUAUAUGAGUUGCUCGCUUUAUGUGAGUCAAAACGUAUAAAAAUAAGAAUUUAGAUUUUUCAAAUCAAAACUUUAGUUUUAUAACUACGACAUUUGAUUUUUUACGUACACAUAUUUGCAUGUAUACAGCAUAACUAUUUGAAAACUACUAUGUUCUGAAGAUAUGAAAAUUUGGAGCUAAUUUUAAAAAAAAUAAAUAAAGCAAGAAAAUA